AUGCUGUACGUGGCGUACCACGACAAUGAAUGGGGCAAGUACCGCGGACCGGACGAUCGAAGCGACAACGAGCUGUUUGAGAUGUUCGUACUCGAGAGCUUCCAGUCGGGCCUCUCCUGGCUUACCAUCCUCCGCAAGCGCGACGGCUUCCGCAAAGCGUUUGAUGGCUUUGACUUUACGAAAGUGGCCGAGUACGACGCCGAGAAAGAGGCCGAGCUGGUGGCCAACGCUGACAUUAUCCGCCAUCGCGGCAAGAUCCGGGCCGCCAUCGCCAACGCCAACGCCCUGAAAGCUGUUGUCGACGAGUUUGGUUCGUUUGAUGCGUAUCUCCGCAGCAUGCUCGGCGCGUGGACGCCCGAGUGCGCGUUGGCGGCGCCCAAGACGGUGCUUGAAGACGCGAUGGAGAGCAAGACGGCCGAGUCGGAGGCGCUGGCCAAGGAUCUGAAGAAGCGCGGGUUCAAGUUCAUGGGCCCGACGACGGCGUACGCGUUUCUGCAAGCGACCGGCUUUGUCAACGACCACGUCCCGGGCUGUGUGUGCCACCCGGCCAGCGGCGGCGGCUCGUAG